GGAGCAAAUGUUUGACAUCGAUAAAGUUCAGAAAAGAUUAGUGUUAACGGGGAAGUGGUGCGGAUUCACGAAAAGCUCCUACCAACGGAACAGGCAAAAUGGUUGUAAGGUUGACGCUUUUAUUGUGUCUGUGUGCAAGCUUCACGCUAAAUUCUGCGGCAGUACUGAGUGGAAUUCUUGAUUUGGUGAAUGACUCUCCAACACAAAACCCAAGAGUCGCUGGAGAUGAAAACUUUGACUGGCUGUAUGGGUUUUUGGAUGCAACCGGAAAGUGUGAUCCAAACCCAUGCCUAAACAAUGGGAGGUGUGAAGCUCAUGGGGGCACCUUUAAAUGCAUCUGCCCCGUGCCCUUCAAGGGCAAGAGAUGUCAUACAGUUCAUGACUUUUGCAAGAACGCCAAGUGUGGGCACGGCGAAUGCGUCAUCACCACAAAGCCUCCUUUCUUCGAGUGCAAAUGCACACCACCUUUCCAACCUCCCACGUGCAUAAGGGCUGUACCCUGCAACCCCAACCCCUGUCUGAAUGGUGGGACCUGCAUUCCAGGACUGACUCGAACCACCGUACAAUGCGAUUGUCCUGCUGGCUACACUGGAAAGUUCUGCCAAGUAGGCUCGCCGGACUGUUAUGAGGGCAACGGCUUGACGUACAAUGGACUGGCCAGUGAGACGGAGGAUGGGGAGGACUGCCUUCCCUGGAACUCUCACUCCGUCCUGGAAAGGGCGGCUGACUCCUUCACCGAAAACCAGGAAGAUGCAAUGCUCGGCGAGCACAACUACUGCCGAAACCCAGAUGGAGACGUCAAACCAUGGUGUUUUGUUAAAAGAAGGGAGGCCCUGUUUUGGAGCUUCUGCAAAGUGAAACAAUGUGCAGGAUCAAACAGUGGCAAAGCAGUGAAGCCGACGCCCGUGACCACAGGCAAAUUGCCGGACAGGCCAGGGGAGCCAGCCAAACCAAAACCCUCCUCUUCGACGCCCGUGGAAUUCGCCACCUGUGGAAAGCCUCAACCCACCCGCUUUACCGCCAGGAUCUACGGCGGCAAAAAGGCUGUCCCUGGGGCCCACCCCUGGCAGGUCUCCCUGCAGGUGCAACCCCAGGGCUUUUCAACGACCUUCAGUCACAUAUGUGGAGGUACACUAAUCCGGCCCUGUUGGGUUCUGACUGCAGCCCACUGUAUCACUAAUCCUGGAGCACCAAUGAGGGUUGUCUUGGGCAAAGUGGACCUAUUGAAGGAUGAUUUGAACACCCAGGUUGUGGAGGUUGAGAAGGCUAUAGUUCAUGAACACUUCAGAGAAACAUCGGUUUCCCUCCACAAUGACCUUGCCCUGCUGAAGCUGAAAGCGGUUGGUGGCAAGUGUACCAAGGAAUCAAUGUUUGUGAAGACAGCAUGCCUGGCCACCGAAAAGUUCCCGGACGAAACGGAGUGUACCAUCACUGGAUGGGGUGCCACGCCAACAUCGAGCUACUCCAGGCAGCUGCUGGACGCCCAGGUCCUCCUCAUCUCCCAGCAGCGCUGCUCAGCCGACUCCGCCUAUGGAGGCAGGCUGGACGACAGCAUGUUCUGCGCAGGACACAUGAAAGGCGGAACGGAUGCCUGCCAGGGUGACUCUGGGGGACCACUGGUGUGCCAAAAAAAUGGGACUCAUUUUCUCUAUGGGGUGGUCAGCUGGGGAGACAGCUGUGGAAGGGCGAACAAACCAGGCAUCUAUGCUCGGGUGACCAAAUUCAACGACUGGAUCAACUCUAAAAUACAGGCUUAAACUCGGGAAACUGCGUGUGUGAGUUUCAAUUGUAUCAUGAGCAUGUGUCUAUGGAUAUGUAUGUGAAUGAAACUUCACGUGUGAGCAUAUGCUUGCUUGUAUGUACUUGUGCGCUCAUUGUAAAAUAUAGGCUGUUAACCAGGAGUACAUCCUUGCUUUUCCAGCAUAGUGGACAGUAAAAACUAGACAGAGAGUACUUUGUAACAGAGUUUUUAUUGUUAAAGAUCAUGGCCUACCCCUACCCUGGCUAAUACACAGGUAGAUUUUCACAAAGCUGAACCUGUCAGUCAUAUAUUCAGUAACCUCUGUAAAAUUUAAUUACCUGGGCUUUGACUGUGAUGGUCUAAAAAUGGACCACUGAUCACAAGCUAAAGCCCAGGAUCAGACGAUGGUCAAUGACUAGAGCCGAAAAUAAACAUGCUACUGAAUUA